UGGCUGCGCCCAUUAAAAUUAAAUUCGGCUGAAAAAAAAAAUUUCCCUGGAUAUUACACACGAUUUAGGACGAUUUACUCGGCCGAUUCCGGCUACAGCUGUUCAAAAUGUUGUUUAGACAAUACUUGAUAGCUGAAAAAGUUUCGUGGUCAUGUCAUGCCUAUUUCCGGCGUGCAUUUUGCAAGUUGAGAAAAAAGUCAAGUUCAAAGUACAGUGACACAUUGAAUUUACCCAAAACAACUUUCCCUCUUACCAUGAAAAACGGUGUGGCUGCUGUAAGAGAGCUAGAACUCCAGCAGGUUUGUGGAUUUUCGGAGUUGUAUGCCUGGCAAAGAAAACAAAAGAGAGAAGAAUACAUUUUGCAUGAUGGACCUCCAUAUGCCAAUGGAAACCCUCAUGUUGGACAUGCUAUCAACAAGAUAUUAAAAGAUAUCACCAACCGAUACAAGGUAUUGAAAGGUUAUAAAGUGCAUUAUGUUCCAGGCUGGGAUUGUCAUGGCUUGCCUAUAGAACUGAAAGCAAUGGAAAAAUACAAAGCCAGUGUGAACAGUGGAAGCUCAGCACCACAAGAAAUCAGAAAAAAAGCUAGGCAGUUUGCAAAAGAUGCAAUCCUGAUCCAAUCAAAUGCCUUUAAAAGAUGGGGUGUCAUGGCUGACUGGGCUAACACGUGCUAUUUUACGUAUGACAAGGAAUAUGAGGCAAAACAGCUGCAGCUUUUUUAUGCAUUAUUUAAAAAGGGUUAUGUUUACCAAGAUUAUAUGCCAGUUUAUUGGUCUCCGUCAACAAGAACAGCUUUGGCUGAAGCAGAACUGGAGUAUAAUCCAGAUUACAUCAGCAAAGCCAUAUACCUCAAGUUUCCAAUCAGUCGUCUUCCACCUGCACUUCAGACGAAUAUGAUUCCCGCUAAAGGGAUAUAUGCCUUGGUCUGGACUACCACGCCAUGGACUAUUCCUGCAAAUCAGGCAAUAUGUUAUAACAACAGUAUUCGAUACUGUGUGGGGAAGUGUUUAGAAUCUGGGGAGCUGUUCCUCUUUGCUGCAGAUUGUCAUCAGAAUAUAUCACAAACUCUAGGAAAACGUCUUGAAAUAAUCAGUGAAGUUCCUAGUGAUGCACUCCAAGGCAGCAAAUACACCCACCCCCUAUCACCGGAGAGAGAGUUGCCCUUCCUGCCUGGUCACCAUGUUACAACCACCAAGGGAACUGGCCUUGUUCACACUGCACCCGCGCACGGCCAUGACGAUUUCAAAAUUGCUUUACAAAAUGGAUUGUCUCUGGAUUGCACAGUGAAUGAGGACGGUGUUUUCAAUGAAUCAGCUGGACCUGAAUUCAGUGGAAAAGAAGUCCUUGGUGAUGGAAAUUCUCAUGCUAUUGAACUGCUGCGACAGCAUAUCUGUCAUAUUGAAGACUUCACACAUCGUUACCCAAUUGACUGGAGGAGUAAGAAACCUGUCAUCAUCAGAGCAAGCAGACAAUGGUUUAUCAACACUGAGAGGAUAAAAGAAAAGGCAUUGGAGUGUUUUGAUGCUGUCAAUGUCUAUCCAAAGUCCAUGGGACAGGGUAUGGUGUCCUUGCUCAACUCUCGGCCGUACUGGUGUAUCUCACGGCAGCGGGUAUGGGGAGUGCCAAUCCCAGUCUUCUGCCAACAGGAUACUGGGAAGACAAUAUUAAACAGUCACACAGUUGGUCAUCUUGUUGAACUCGUCAAACAACAUGGGACCGAUUGUUGGUGGGAUCUGCCCAUGGAAGAGCUCCUACCAACUGAAGUGCUACAAAAGAGUGGCUUGGACAUAAAUGGCUCCUACGUAAAAGGUGGCGAUAUAUUUGACAUCUGGUUUGAUAGCGGCUCAUCGUGGAUGUGCGCUUUUCCAGAAAAACCUCCUGUUGCUGACCUCUACCUUGAAGGUACUGACCAGUUUCGGGGGUGGUUUCAGUCAUCAUUGCUACUCAAUGUAGCUCUUCAUGGACAAGCACCAUACAAAAAUUUGUUGGUCCACGGUUUUGCUGUAGAUGAGGAAGGAAAGAAGAUGUCGAAGUCUAUAGGAAAUGUGGUUGAUCCUCAAGUAGUCAUCGACGGAGGCAAGGACAAGAAGAAGGAUCCUUCUUAUGGUGCUGAUGUUCUGAGGUGGUGGGCUGCAAGAUACCAUACGGAGAACAGCAUUGAAAUCGGACCAACAGUUCUGGAACAGAGCAAUGAAACUAUUUACAAAUUGAGGAAGGUGUUACGGUUCCUCCUUGGCAAUCUGAAUGACUUCAACUUGGAUGAACAUGAAGUUGGCAUGGGAGACCUCCUCCCUCAAGAUCAGUACAUGCUGCACCAGUUACAUGGCUUUGUUACAAAGGUCACUGAUAGUUAUGAUGAGUUUGAUUAUCACAGAGUUUUAGUCAUGUUGGAGAAAUUUGUCAAUAUGGAGGUUGCUGCUUACAUUGUGAUAGCAAAAGAUAGGCUUUACUGUGAUUGUGCAGACAGUCUUACUAGAAGAUCUGGGCAGAUGGUCCUUCAUCAUCUUUUAGACAUACUGACAAAGACAUGUGCACCAAUACUGCCCCAUCUUGCAGAGGAGAUUCACCUUCAUAGAUGUGGAGAUAUGUCUGAUGAUGAUGCAUUAGGUGAAAACAGUAUCUUUAAGGAAGCUUGGUCCGAACCAGACCCGGAUUGGUUUAACCCGGAUAUAGAUGACACAUUCAAAUCCUUGUUGAAGAUUCGUGACUUGUUCUACAAAAAGAUCAUGUCUAGUGAAGUUGUGAUGUUUGAUGUGGCCAUUUCAUCUUCUGGUCGACUUUCUCAGUUGCUCAAGACUCUCCAACCCGAUCGUAUCUCUGGUAAUUCUCCACUGACGGAACUACUCCAGUGUUCUCAAGUGACCAUUCUUGAUGGCCCUCCUCAAUCUGUGAUAUUAGAAAAAGCGAGAGUUGCUCAUGGAGAAAUAGAAAUCGCCACUGAAGAAAAGGACACAACCACUGAGGCAUUUACUUUGACGAUUAUUCCGUCCCCUAAUUACCGUUGUGAGCGCUGUCGGCGUACUCUUGCUACGAAGCCGGGACAACCUUGCCAAAGAUGUAUGGACGUUUUAGAAAUGGGAUAGGAUUCAUGAUUGUCCUUUUUCAAAAAUGACAUGGGAAGUCAACUGGUGCUCAUCUUCGAAUGUUGGCUGAAACAAGAAGUAGUAGAGACACCUAUGGGUGCUUGUUGAAACUUCAUCUUGGCCACCUGGUUCCUGCCUCUGUCUCCCUUUAAAAGGCAAACAGUUACUUUAAUGAUAUCAAUGCCAUCAUCAUCUCUUUUAUCAUAUAUAUGAUAUUUGAAGUACAAUGUGUAUGUGUGAAACCUUUUGGGGUUGGGGUUGGGGAUGUUGAUACUAUUGAAAAUGUGACCGAUAAGAAAUGUUCAUGCUAAUA